UUUCCGCCUCUGCUCGCCUCUAUCCUCUUCAGCCUUGCCUGCCUGUCAGAAAGGUACUCCAGUGUUGGAGGCUAGGCUAUCCUCCUCCCGGACCCCGUACUAGAGCCAGCCGCCGUCGUACCCCAAGGCUCAGGCUCCCCACUCACGGUUUCAACCAUGGCAACCACCGCUACUUGCACCCGGUUUACCGACGAGUACCAGCUGUACGAGGAGCUCGGAAAGGGAGCUUUCUCAGUGGUGCGUAGGUGUGUAAAGAAGUCAUCAGGACAGGAAUAUGCUGCAAAAAUCAUCAACACUAAGAAGCUGUCUGCAAGAGACCAUCAGAAGCUUGAAAGAGAGGCUCGUAUCUGUCGUCUGCUGAAGCACCCCAACAUCGUGAGACUCCAUGACAGCAUUUCAGAGGAAGGCUUUCAUUACCUAGUCUUUGACCUGGUGACAGGAGGAGAGCUUUUUGAAGACAUUGUAGCCAGGGAGUACUACAGUGAGGCUGAUGCCAGUCAUUGCAUUAGUCAGAUCUUGGAGAGUGUCAAUCAUAUCCACCAGCAUGAUAUUGUGCACAGAGACCUCAAGCCUGAGAACCUGUUGUUGGCCAGUAAGAUGAAGGGAGCUGCAGUGAAGCUGGCAGACUUUGGCCUUGCUAUUGAAGUGCAAGGAGACCAGCAGGCUUGGUUUGGGUUUGCGGGCACCCCUGGCUAUCUCUCCCCUGAAGUCCUGAGGAAGGACCCCUACGGCAAGCCUGUGGACAUAUGGGCUUGCGGUGUUAUUCUCUAUAUCUUGUUAGUGGGAUAUCCCCCAUUCUGGGAUGAAGAUCAACACAAACUCUAUCAGCAGAUUAAAGCUGGGGCAUAUGAUUUCCCAUCCCCAGAGUGGGACACAGUGACUCCAGAGGCAAAGAACCUGAUCAACCAGAUGUUGACCAUUAACCCAGCCAAGAGAAUCACUGCCGAACAGGCCCUCAAACACCCUUGGAUCUGCCACCGUUCUACAGUGGCUUCCAUGAUGCAUAGACAGGAAACUGUCGAGUGUCUCCGCAAGUUUAACGCUCGCCGAAAACUCAAGGGAGCCAUUCUCACCACCAUGCUGGUGUCCAGAAACUUCUCAGUGGGCCGGCAGCAUACCAACUCUGCUGCUGCCGCCUCCUCCACGGCCUCACUGGCUCAGGAAGCAUGCAAAAGUUUACUCAACAAGAAGUCAGAUUCUGCUAAGCCUUCUACCAACAACAGUAAGAACAGUAUAGUGAGCGCCAUCAAUGCCCUGAAAGACACCAACAUGGCAACCAACGCCCAGAUGGAAUCUCAGAGCACAGUGGUGCACAACCCUCCUGAUGGAGUCAAGGGAUCAACAGAGAGCAACGCCACCAACGACGAGGAGGAAAUGAAAGGUAGGAAAGCGGACAGUUCGGCGCUGAGUCAGAGCAGCGCCACAGAGGAGAUGCCCCCACUUCUGCCCUCACCUCAAAGCUCACCUGCCAUUCCACCGCAUGACGUAAAGCGCAUGGCAUGGAACAGCACGGGCAACAGCUCCUGCCUUGACUCUGAGCUCUCGCAGUCCUCCAUGUCUACCGCUCCACUAGGGAGCAACACUGUCGCUGCUAAAAGCAACACUAAGCAGACUCGUAAACAGGAGAUCAUAAAGAUAACGGAGCAGUUGAUUGAAGCGAUCAACAAUGGAGAUUUGGAUGCCUACACGAGGAUUUGUGAUCCUGGACUCACCUCUUUUGAACCCGAGGCCCUGGGGAACCUGGUGGAGGGCAUGGACUUUCACAAGUUCUACUUUGAAAACUUGCUGAGCAAGAACAGCAAGCCUGUGCACACCACUCUGCUCAACCCCCACGUGCACCUGAUCGGCGAGGAUGCCGCGUGCAUCGCCUACAUCCGGCUCACACAGUUUGUGGACACCACAGGCCGCCCUCGUUCCAGCCAAUCAGAGGAGACCAGGGUGUGGCAUCGUCGCGAUGGCAAGUGGCUCAACGUUCACUUCCACUGCUCAGGAGCACCUGCUGCACCACUACAGUGAUCAGUGGUCCUGAGCCUCCAGUCUACUGGAGUGUAUGUUUUGGGGGGCAGUUUUUUUCAGCGAGCGUGUUUAAGAGGCACGUCCUCUGCGUGGAUUGGCUAGUGCCAGGAGCCCGGCCGGGCGAGAUCGCAUCCCUCUCCACGAUACCAACCAAUCCUGUCCCCCCUUUGACCUGCUGGGGGCCGGCUGAACACAAGACACCGCCCCCAGGGGAUGAUGCAUGCAUCUGGCGCCUGAUUGGAGGGCGAGUCUUUGCCCUCUAUCCCUCCCCAUGGCAGCCAUCUUUUUUCUGCCUGCGCGAGAUGAGACGUCCUGCGUGAGGAGAGGGUUUACAGUUGAACUUGUGACAGUUUAUGAGUAUGAGUUAUGAAUAUGCUGUGUAAAUUAUGACUAGAUGUAUCAGAAACCACCAAAACCCAACCAAGCAUUUAUAUUCACUAUCUAAUAAGGGAGGAACAGAGGGGAGUUGUAAGGUUAGCAGCUGAGAUUUUGGACACAUUUUUGGCAUUCUAGGGAUGUCGGGUAGAAAGCUCGUUACCCGGACGGUGAUGUUAAGAUGCAGGGAGAUUUUUCCCCAUCUGAAUUCUAGAAGGGGGGGAAAAUCCAGUCGGCUCAGUCAGAGAACUUGAUGGCAAGAGAAACUUGAUAUCAAAAACAUGAAGCACCAAAGUGUAGAACUUUAGGCUUUUUAUGUGUUUUUGUUUGUGUGCUUGUUUUUCCGACCGAACGGAAAAUCGUGUUGUUGUGGGAUUGGGGUGGGGGGCUGGGGCGUUUUUUGUUUUUGUUGUGUUUUUAGCGUCCUGUUCCCUUUGCGUUCCUGUGAAUAACCGGAGCCUCUCUGUUUUUAGUUUUUUUUUGUUUUUUUUGUCUGAUCGUAUAUUCAAGGCUCCUUUUUUUUUUUUUUUAAAGCAGCUGAAUUUUUAAAAAGAGGGAUUCUAUUGUGCAAAGUUUAACCUCUGCGUGUUAACAAGUUCUGUUGCCUGCAGUGGAGGGAGAGAGUGGGCUGGGAUCGGCGUCUGCGUUUUGCAUGUUUGCCCGCCGCCUCUCCCUCAAAUCCCUCCCCACGCUCUCUCUCCUUUUUUUUUUCUUCUCACUCUUAAACCAUUCCCUCUUUUAACCCUCCCACUCCUUUUCUCUGCUUUCUGCAAGGGCCUGGUUUGUUUAUAAUCACUGUGUAAUAACAGUGUAUGUAUAGAUAUAUGUAGAAAAGUGUAAUAUAUGUACAUGUAUCUAAGAGACGCUCAUCCUGUGCAUCUGGGAAUCACCCCAUGACCUCUGUGACCCCCGAUCUAGUUUAGUUUUCACUGAUUUUCAAUUUGGUUUAAUUCUCCUCCUUUCAGUACUUCCUUAAAAUAUUGGUAGCUCUCAAUCUUUGACGACAAACAACACGCUGAAUAAACGCACUCAUGUGGGCUACCAGCUCUAGUCCCGUGGACCUAAGACUGUUUUCAGAGACGGGGGAAUAAAAGAAAUAACUGGUUGAAAAAAGUUAGACCCCUUAGCCCAAAAAGAGUUUUUGAACAUGAAGACCUUCAUCAUAGUGUCCUCAACUCGUGAUCCCCCAAUGCUGUGAGCUGUCUCUUCAUAUCAUAUGCACACACACACACACACACACACACACACACGCACGCCUGGUGGUGUGUUUAGGCUUUGUAACAUAUCUGCACCACUGCUGUGUGACCAUGGUGCCACCCCCUGCUGUGCUGCUUAAUUGUCUCCAUCCAUCCGCGACAGUCGUAUCUUAAACCCCCACCACCUUCACCCUCUGAUAUCUUCCACCCCCCCCUCCGUGUACCAACAAGUUCCUGCUCUUGAGAUGUUUAUUUGUACCUCUCUCUGUUGUUUCUCUGUUUCUGUGUUACUGGUUUGCGUUUUUUUGUUGUCGUCGCUGUUGCUGUUUAACUUGUCGUUUGGUAAUUUGCCGAUCUGCCAAGCUGGAGUUCUGCACUCUCCCUCACACACAGAAAAAAAUAAAUCAAAAGGGAAACGAGGGAGGAAGUAAAGACAACACAAAUCAUAGAUUGAUUGAUUGAUUGACAGGACUAAAUUAUUUAUUAAUGUAAUCUACCCUAUGUGAUUUUAAAUCUUGCCUGCUCAGUUGAGAUGAGUUUUAAAAGCCAGAGAAAGAGUUGGUGUGGGUGUGCAGGUUUUUAUGACCUACACUGUUGAAUCAGAGCUGGAGACCUAGUUAUAUGCAUGUUUCAGUUACGCAUUUCUACCAUGUACCUACCUGAAUAAGGAUGGAGCCUAGUGUUAAUAUAUGAUAUUUGCAUCUUUUGAAAUAAGAAUAUCCUCCAUCCAGAAUGUUGAAUAGGUGACAUGAAAAAUAUUUUAAAAAAAAAAAAAAAAAAAAAAAAAGGAUUCAGGAGCCGUAGCUUGGUAUGAGGCCCUCGAUGUUAGCGUUUUCCCUGCGUUGUAAUGAUAUACUAUUGGGCUGCGCUUUCUCCCCCAGCCUUCACAUGGAUGCUGGAGUUUUUUUGCAUGAUCAUGAUGUACAAUGAAAUACAACCAUGAAUUGACGACUAUCAAGUGUUUGUCUGAGUGUUAGUUGGUCUUCAUCAUAGCUUUGUUAUUCUUCAAACUUGGAUCUUGAAAGUAUUUAAUAAAAAUACUAUUUCAGCACUGUU